UCAAAUAUCAAUAAAAUGGAUAAGAGUGUAUCGGAAUGGAAAAACGUUGAUCUCUUCUAUACAAUCCCCCUACCAUUUUUAAAAUUCCCGACCACUGCAGAAAUAUUGUGCUACUGCUUUUACGAAUCAAAAACUACCACAGAGGAAAUCCAAAUAAGAUUAGUAAUAUGCGAACAAAACGGAAAUAUUCUUAUAUACCUCUCGAAUUGGGAAUGUAUUACCUUUAGAUGUCCAGCAAGACCGGAUACUAUCACUCUUUGCUGCCUUACAUCAAAUAACUGGCUUGCAACUGCGACACCAAUAUCCAACUGUGGUAUUCACAUUGAUAUAUACGAUUUAAGAAAAUUAACCAAAAAACAAGGAGCUCCAAUAAUUGUGUCCGCAUAUUUUCAAGUCACAAGUAUUGCUUCCUGUAUUACUGCUGUAGUCGUUGGUGAUAAAAUACUUUCUUUAGCCAUAGGAUUUGAAAAUGGAGAUAUUCUCUUGCAUUCUGGAUAAAUCACUCGAAAUUUUUCUGCAACUAUUCGCAAGCAUACUGUAAGUGGAUACGCAAUAAAUGGAAUACAUUUCGACAUUAAUAACCUGGAAUCAGAUCCCCCAACUCAAAUUAUGUUUGUAACAUGUAUUCAAGGAGUGCAUUGUUUCGUGUUGAAAGAAAAAGGUUGUAUAGAUCAAGCAUUUAUUCUCGAUAAUGAUAAAUGUAAUCACUGCAGUACGAUGCGCAAGGCUGGAGACGGCGUUGAAGUGUCGAUGUUGGUAGUAGGACGGGCAGAUGCUAUAUAUUGCUAUACCCGUGAAGGAAGAGGUCCUUGUUUUGCUAUCGAAGGCACAAAGAAAUGUCUUGCUUGGGUAGGUCAUCACUCAAUCGUCGCGACGAGAAAAUCAUGUUUAAAGCAAAACAUCUCGACUUUAAUUGUUAUAGAUACAGAAAACAAAAUUAUAGUUUAUCAAAUGCAACUACAAGAAUUGUUCUACAUAAUAAGCGAAAAUAAUUUUUGCUUUAUUAUAAACAAUGCUCAUGUCGUAAAUACUUGCAACGUAUUAAUGUUAGAGCAGCUCAAUAUGAGUAAAAAAAUACGUCGGUUAAUUAAACAAAAUAUGUACAAUAUAGCAUUAAGAUUGUUACACCGAGAGGGCUGUUCUAACUCACCGGAAGCUGCUUUCGUAAGGUUUCAAUACGGAAAUCAUUUAAUACUAAAAGGCGAAAUAAGUAGAGCUGUUAAAGAAUUUAUUAAAACAAUUGGUUUUGUUAAACCGUAUUCUGUAAUUUCAAAACUUUUACAUUCUAGAUACAAUAAUUAUCUAAUAGACUACUUAUCUGAAUGGAACAAAAUUAACGGGACUUCAAGCAACCACACAAAACUAAUUGAAUGUUGCAUUAAUCGUGAGGAAAUUAAGCAUAAAAUAGAGCACUUAUCUCAUGGAGUUGUACCCUUAAGUUUAACAAGCAAGCCGGAAUUAAGAAAUCUUUCAAAUUUAUCAAAAAUAUAUUUUGAAUGGAAACUUCAAAAUCAGAGCAAAGUUGAAAAAGAACAUUUAUUGCAUAGAUUUUUGGAGUAUGGACCAGAAUCUCUAUUAGUAGAUCCUACUACUUAUUUAGUAAACAUAAAAUCGGAACAUUUAAAUACACCCGAAAAUAUUCUAGCAGAAGAAUCUAGCAUAUCCUUUUAG